UCCAAGAACUAGAAAAUUACUAAACCGCCUUUACAGUGUAGUGUGUAUUUAGUGUCCUAGUGUCACAUUGUUUGGAGCAUAAACUGAAACAUUAACAGUUAAUUCAUGUAAUUUGUUCACCUCUGAGUCUUACAGAAAGGUUAUUCAGUUCAGGAUGAUGAACAGAGAUCAGUAAAAAUUUCGAUCCAUCGUAGCUGUGCACAGUUCACGAUAUACGUGUUAUUCCGAACUACUUGGACUCGAUUGUUGUUUCUGGAAAGAUCGUUUGGGAGUACGAUCGCCAGUUGCCAAGGCGACCGUUUAAUUUUGUGUUAUGCAAAGUGAAUUAAAAAAACUUAAAUUGAAUUAUUACACAAUAAUAUAUUCCACAAUCGAGGUGAGACGUAUUCAACAUGGACUUUUCUCUGUUGAAUCAGUACAAUGGAACCGUCGAGCCUGAACCUGGGGAGGACGGGAGCUUGAUCUGGGAGGAGCAAAAUUAUGAACUUGGGGUCGAGGAAUUUAUACCCGCGACAGAACAUUUUGGGGACGAGUACGAUGGGGCAGAAUUCCAGGAGACCCACACUCUCCUGGCAGAUGGAGGACAUCGUUUUGGAGUUUCUACCCUUGUUUUUGAUACUGUUGAAGAGCUCAUGUGGAUGGGAAAUCAAGGGGGCCAUGUAACCUCGUAUUAUGGCUCAGGACUGCAGAAAUACACAUCAUUUCAAGUACACGCAACCCAGGAAGUUCGACACAUUCAUCCCAUUGACGAGGGAAUUUUAUGUCUAACCCAGACUGCACUCAGGGGGCAACUGCGUCGAGGAAUUCCAUUAUUUACCCAUACCUCUUCAAACAUGAUAGAUAUGCAGUGCAUGCUCCAAUUCGGAUCUCGCCUGUUGAUGGGAGGUCACCAGGAGAAAAUUGUGGACUUUGACCUGAGCAGGGGAAAGGAGACGAGUUAUGUGCACGUUGGGGAGAACGGUUGUGCUAUUUUGAGACAGCAUGGUAAAUUUAUUUGUGCUGGAAGUCCAGUAGGCAGGAUCGAUCUGAGGGAUCCCAAUUCCCUGUCGAUUGAACACACGCUUGACACUCACAGCGGAUCACUCAGUGAUUUUGACAUUCAGGGGAAUUAUCUGGUGACGUGUGGAUUCAGCAACAGUCGACAGGGAUUGUCAGCUGACAGGUUUCUCAUGGUUUACGAUUUGAGACAGAUGAGAGCACUCACCCCAGUUACGACUCUUGUUUAUCCAUUUCUGUUGAAAUUCCUGCCGAGUUACUCGAGUCGACUGGCAGUUGUGUCGCCCCUGGGACAGAUGCAAUUGCUCGACACUAUUUAUGCUGACGUCCAGCCAUCGUUGACCUGCCUCUAUCAGGUUGCAACGGGAGGGGCUAUGGUGCUGUCUUUCGAUGUGUCGCCGACUUCGAAGUGUCUUGGUUUUGGUGAUGCUGCAGGCUCCAUUCAUCUGAUGGCCACCAAUGCACCUGAUCCUCAAUUUAAUACCUUUUCAAGGCCCACAGAAUUUGCGGACCCAGUGGAAACCCUCGAGGCAAUAUCAUUCGAUGACCAACUCACACCCUUGAGCACAGUUCCCAUGAUGUAUCCUGGGCACACAUUAGCCAGUGACUGGCCAGAAGAAUUCCUGAAGAAAAUCUAUCGUAAAACUCCAGCAAUUGAUCCGGACAUACUGAAGACCAUGAAGAUGCAGGGAACGAUCGGUUACGCACCGAAUCCUCAGGCAUUUCGGAGAAACCAAGUCCCUUAUAAUUUGGAAAAACGAAGGGGUUUGGUGACAAAAUUAUUUGCAGGUGAACCAAGACCCAAGACUGAGGAUGGCACUUUCAUUGCUAUUCCCAAACGUUAUCGGAAGAUUGAAGUUAAAUAUUCGAGGUUGGGAUAUGACGAAUUUGAUUUUGAUCAGUACAAUUUGACGAGUUUCUCGGGACUAGAGGCAACUUUGCCGAAUAGUUAUUGUAAUGCAAUGCUUCAGUUGAUGUAUUACUGUGAUCCUGUUAGAUCAGCCCUCUUGUCUCACUCAUGUCAGAAGGAAUUUUGUCUUUCCUGUGAGCUUGGUUAUUUAUUUCACAUGCUGGACACCUCAAGAGGUACUCCAUGUCAAGCUGCCAAUUUCCUGCGUGCAUUCAGAACAGUUCCAGAAGCAGCCGCCUUAGGAUUAAUUCUCAGUGAUCUUCACCCCGAGGCCAGGAGAAAGACCAGCCUUAUCAGAUUAGUUCAGAGCUGGAAUAGGUUCAUCCUCCACCAGCUUCAUUACGAAAUUUGGGAAACACGGAAGCGUCAACUGGAAGAGAAAGAAGCUGCCCGCUCUAAGUCAGGCCCCAAGUAUCCACCUUUUGUCUACAACGAACAAGACUUCCCCAGCAUCCUUCAAGACUUGGGAUCACGAUAUAAAAGCCACGAUCUCGAUAAGAGGAAGAAAAAAAAACAGGAAGAGGAUGGUAAAUAUAUGUGGAUCGCGGCGAAAGAAAACACCAAUAAAAAGACAGACGAAACUGAAGUGCGUGAAGAGGAAACGGAGAUAAGUAGAAUGUUCGGAGCUGAGCAGAUCCACAUUCACAGAUGCCUGAAGUGUGGCCAGGAAGCCUCUAAACACUCGAUAAUGCUUUUAAACAAUUUAAUUUACCCCGAAGUAAUGAAUCCCAACGAGGAGAUUCCCUUCACAAAAAUUCUGGCUCGCAGUUUAAAACCAGAGAAAGUAACGCCAGCUUGGUGCGACGGUUGUCAGAAAUUCAGUCCAACCCUGCAGAGCCGGAGAAUAACAAAGCUUCCGAAAAUCCUGGCCCUCAACUGUGGCUUAGACAGCCAGCAAGAGAAAUCUUUCUGGCAGAUCCAGAUGGACAUAAUCGUGCAGAAGUUGAUGAACGGGAAGGACUCGAGUCCCUCUUCAAGCCCAGUCCCCAACCUAGUGAAGAUGUGUCGCUACGGCGCCAACUGCAUUCGUUCUGGCUGCAGAUUCAGACAUGUGGGGAAGGAUCCUGAGCCUUUACCCUCACCGUCAGGCCCUUCAUCAACCCCAGCGCAGGUGGCAGCUGCUCCAAGCCAUUUAUACUACUCUCACUCCUGGAUUCCCCACUGUAUUGAAGUAUCUCUGGAUGCGAAUGGUGAGCUGUCAGUGGAAAAGCUCGACAAGAUAAAUCGAGAGGUUGUCAACAGCAAGCCAUUGAUCGUGGAGAACGGCCAGGGGAAGCCGUCGACAAACGACAAUGAAAGCUCGUCAACCCGCGAGGACAAUCCCCUGGAAGAGAAUUCAAACCCGAAGGAAGUUGAAAGUGAUGAACCCAAGGUCGAGAAAAUUCAGUAUACCUUGACAGGAGUGGUUUGUUACGUAGAUGACAAAAACAGUGAGGAAAGGCGUCACGUAGUGGCUCUCAUAAGGGUGGGACCUAAUUAUCAUGAGAGAUCCGCUGCUAGUCCUGUUGCUCAGUGGUACCUCUUCAACGACUUCAGUAUAUCUGCUGCGACCUCUCAAGAGGCUGUCUGGUUCAAUCUUGACUGGAAGGUACCCUGUGUUCUCCAUUACACUGCUGUCCCAGCUCCUGAGCCCGCUGCCCUCGUCAGUCCCCUGACUUCUGAUGUCUUCGGUGAAGACAAGUGCGUUGCGAGAAGUGGAGGUACCCGAGGCAUUACUUUCACCCCGUUAACUGCUGAUGAGAUGCCGAAGAAGGGGGACCUUGUGGGGAUCGAUGCGGAAUUUGUUACGUUGAAUCAGAAGGAGUCGGAGCUGAGGAGUGAUGGAAAAAUGUCGACUAUCAAACCGAGCCACAUGUCUGUAGCCAGGAUCACGUGUAUCAGGGGACAGGGGCCGCUGGAGGGGACUCCCUUUAUCGAUGAUUAUAUCAGCACUCAAGAACAGGUCGUCGAUUAUCUGACGAAAUUCAGUGGAAUUCAACCUGGGGAUCUUGACGCCAAUUUCAGCAGCAAACACUUGACCACUCUGAAGUCGACUUAUCAGAAGCUGAGGUUUCUCGUGGACAAUGGGAUUAUCUUCGUCGGGCAUGGGCUUAAGAAUGACUUCAGAGUUAUAAAUCUGGUUGUUCCGCCCGAGCAAGUUGUAGAUACUGUUCUGUUGUUUCAUUUGCCUCAUCGUCGUAUGGUCUCAUUGAGAUUCCUGACGUGGCAUUUUUUGGGUAAGAAAAUUCAAUCUGAAACUCAUGAUUCAACUGAGGAUGCUCGAGCUGCUCUGGAGCUCUAUCAUAAAUACAGACACUUGGAAGACAGUGGAAAAUUGAUGGAGGCACUUAAACAGUUGUACGAUCUAGGAAAUGAAUUGCAGUGGAAGGUUCCAGAGAGCUGAUCCACGGAUGGAGAUAUUUUAGAAGGGGACCUGACCACAGAAAUAGAAAAUUCCCACAUCUAAACUAAUUGUUCAUUGUAAAUUCAAAUAUUAAUUCACCGAGUCUCUCAAGACGACUAUUUUACGGGUACAAUCGUCAUCAUAAUUUUUUUAUCUGAUUUCUCCACUUUUGUUGUGAUAUUUACGAAUUACCAUUCCGAGAUUAAUCUCUACCCAAUUCUUACGAUUCUUUGAGGUUGGAUAUCGAUGAGCCGUGAAGUGAGAAAUACUGAUGGAAAUGAAUUUAAAUAAUUUCUUAUUCACUCUUGAAUUUUGACUGCCCAAAGAAUUGCAAGCGAAAAAUAUUCAGGAUACGUAAACUUGUUUUUUAAUUUUUGUAUCGGUACAAAUUGCAAUUUUCCCCAUUGCUUUUUAAUGAUAUUUUUAUACGUGAUAUUUUAAAGAGAAUUUGUAAAUAUGCGUUCUACUCACACACGGCUGUUAUAACAAUCAUGGAUAUUAACUUACGUAAAGUGGUAUGAUUCAAGGGUGAUAAAUAUAUUUUUACCAAAGCCUGAAUCAUUGUAAAAUUUGUCGAUUAUUUUUGUAUACAUUUUCAUGACAAAUAUAAGCGAAAAAAAAAUUAAUGUUUUAUGACUUGUGAUGACAGAGAGGGAAUGAAUGAAUAAAAUACUUAGUCAAUUGAA